AUGAAAGUUUCUGCGCAUCGACCCACUAUCGAGAAGCUGCUCAGAGAAGGUUUCUGGAGCUGCGACAUUGUGAAACGACCUGGUGUUCCCUCUCCAACCGUACGAAAUUUUGCCGCUGCUCUCAGGAAUGGAGGACAAGCCUCUGAAAUGCCAGGAAGGGGACGACCGAGAACAGUGAACACACCGAGGAUUCGUGACGUCAUAAGGAAGAGGAUCACCCGCAAGGAUGGAGUCAGCAUGAAUUGGAUUGCUUCUGAUCUCAACAUCAUCCGUCAAACCGUCCAGAAAAUUGGGAAACAAGACCUCAAGCUGAACAGUUAUCGGCUCCGUCUAGGACAGUUUCUUUCAGAGCAGUCCAAGCAAAGUCGACUGAUGAAAUGCAAAAAAGUUCUUCGAGAGCUUAGGGCGCGCCGCAUCUCUGAUGUGAUCUGGACCGAUGAGAAAAUUUACACCGUUGAACACUAUCCAAACCGACAAAACCAGAGACAGUUGUUGUCAAAACCUGGCAACAGGUCCCCAAAAUGUUGCCUUGUGCACAGCAGGCUAUCCUUCAAAAUUGUUAUGGUUUGGGCCGGGGUGACAUCAGAAAGCAAAACACCUUUGGUCUUCAUCGACAGAAAUGUGAAAAUCAAGUCCGAGGACCACCAAAAGCUAGUUUUAAUGGACACUCUGCUAUCCUGGAUCACUGAAUACUUUCGUAACAGAUCGUUCGUCCUUCAGCAAGAUUUGGUCCCUUCUCAUGCCUCGAAGUCGACAAAAGCCGUACUGGACGCGCACUUCCCCGGUUACUGGGGUGAAGACAUCUGGCUUUCCUCUCCGCCAAAUCUCCAUUCGAUGAACUUCUCUGUAUGGGGGUACAUGGAGAGCAAAAUUGCAGUACGCUCCUACCGCACGUUGGACGCUCUGAAGUUGGCGCUUCAGAAGGCGUGGGACGAUAUCGACGUCGGCUACCUGCGGCGUACGGUCGAUUUAGUCAUCGAGAAUUUGAAAGCCUGUGUAAGAGUAAAAGGAUCGUACUUCGAACACCUGUUGUCCUAA